AUGGAAUGGGCUGGGCCUGUACGUAGAGGCAAACUCGGCGAGACGAGACGGGCCGUUCACCGGGUGGAUGUUCGAAGCCGAGUUGCGAGAGGAACGGGCCUUUCGGACAAGGAUCGAUGUGAUGAAGUUGAGGGUGGCAAGGAUACAUGA